AUUUAUGUAUGUUAUAUAGUGUCGUUACGAUCAAUUCCGGUUAACCGAUAGGUUAAUCGGAGUUGGUGAAAGUGAUCCAUGAUAUUUAUCGAUAAUUAUCUACUUAUUUCAAUUCGCAGGUUUCUACUGCAGAAUUCUAUCUGUUUUCAGCUAAGCUCGCUGGCAAGAAAUCUCGCGGGAAUCUCGCUACUCGGGCUGAAGUUGCAACCCCCGCCACCCUUAUUGUACCUUAUUGUUAGCUACAGGGAACCGGGAAUGGAUUCAGGGUUAACGAUGCAGCGCGGUAAAGCGAGGAAAGCUCGAGGCGGCCGGCGCGGUGUGUCCACUACCCGGUGAUGGUCCCCACUCCAUCCCCGCGGUGAUUGCGAACGUAUUCUCUACCGUAUACCCGCGAGGUGGUGGGCAACGGUUCGUUCGCGCGGCGGCGGUGGUGGGUAUACGAGCAACCGCGGGGGCUCCCUUCUUUGUUGCCCGCUCUGCUAGAAAGGUGACUAUGCCAUGAAGACAGGCGGUAUCGUGCACGCCUCGCGUAUAUACCCGCAGUCACCUUUCUCUCCUCGUGACCGUAGCAUACGUUCUGCGACGUCCAUGGCGCAUUCGCGGCUCUCCGAAUAAACGGCGCUGCAUUGCUGCUGCGGCACUCACGUAGGCUCGCUCGCUCGCUCGUCGGAGGGAAGAGAAGGGGAGAGGAAGGGAAUUAAAAAGAAACUCCCCCCAAAAAGGGAACAACGGAGAUUCGGAGUGAGGAUCGACCCGCGAGGUCAGUCCGCGGGUAACCGAGUCGUCCGGUGGAGAUUUCCCCGCGCCGAGGGGGACGCUCGAGCGAAUUUCAAAUUCCCGCGCCGGUUUCGCGCCUAACUUCGCGGUCGGGGUGUGCGAGAGUCCGCGCGCGCGCGAUCAUCCCUCCCUCUUUCCCUCUGGGUCUUCGGCCGACACGCGCCGCUACGUCGUGAUUAUUUUCCUGGACGUCAGCGACCAAGCGAGGGAAGAUGAUAAUCGUGAGCAGCGUGCUGCUGAUUCUGGCGGUGGUGUCGAGAGUCGGAUGCCAGCGGAAUACCCCGAGGAGCGCGAGGGCUAGCAGAAACGAGGCGGUUCUGGAGUUCGAGUGCCCCGAGGAAUUCGGAUACUAUCCCCAUCCGCGCGACUGCACGCAGUAUUACGUGUGCGUGUUCGGCGGCGCCCUGCUGGAAUCCUGCACGGGAGGCCUUAUGUACAGCCACGACCUGCAGACGUGCGAUUGGCCGCGAAACGUGGGCUGCCCGGAAGGACAUUCGCCUAACAAGGAGGCCGAGGAGGAUCCCUUGCUAGAGAGAUCCGCGAAACUCGAGGCACUGCAGGAACAGCAACAGCAACGGCAGCAGCAGCAACAAUUACGAGACCAGCAGCAACAGCAGCAACAGCAACGGCCGAUUCAGAGGCAGCCGAUCACGGUUACGACUGCGUCGCCGCCGGUCUCGCAGAUCACCGAGAGGCAACUGAGACAGCGGCAACAUUCGAGGACGAAUUACCAUGAGGACGAGUACGGUCCCGCUUCGGAAAUUGAGAACGAUCGGCAGCAACGAGUGUACCGGGGACAGCCUUCGACGAUCGGCCAGGUGCAGCGUGACCGCGACGGUCUACGACGGAACAUAAUAUCGGAGAGGGAGAAGGAUAGCCUGGUAAGCGCGCGUGCCCAAGCCGAGUCUCAUUACAGAACGCCAGUUCCAACCACUGAGUCGCCGAGACUCGCUAAAACGUUGGCCUCGACCGUGGCACCGGUCUUGUCCAAGGCUUACUAUAGCGAUCCUGACCAGAGUUAUCCGUAUUACACGAUUUAUGACGAUGACGUUUCUAUUUAUAAAGACGAUGAUUACAAUCAGUAUACCAGCAUCAACCAGUCAGUGCCAGUGCAACAGCCAAACGUGAAAAUUAGCGAGGUGAACACGAAGCAGUAUCAAAAGCCGAAGAAGGUCGCCGUGAACGAGGCGGACAAAUACAAUCUGAAUCAAGACUACGAUAUUUACGAGAACCAAGCUCAGCUGAACAAGAACAAGUUCCGCAUUUCUGACGGUCAACAGUUCAGGACGAACGUGAUUAGCCAUCCCGUGGUCCACGUGACGACGCCGAACGUUAUUGUAGACACCUUUAUACCGCUGACUACGAGCACGCAGACUCCCAGCACGACCGGCAGACCUUACACCAUCAAUGUACCGAGCCGAGGUCGGCCGCAGCAGAUCCACCGGGGCACAGCACCGCCACGGUCUCGGCCUACCCUGAAGCCGUCCACCGAGAUAGUUUCAAAGGCGCAGGAGUUCAUUGACAUCUACAGGUAUCCUCCGACGAGACCGGCGCCGAUCUACCCGACGCCUCAGGUAGACAAACCGGCGGCGAAGUGUCGCAGGGAUGUCUGUUUGCUUCCGGACUGCAGCUGCGGUGGCUCCGAUAUACCAGGUGACUACUUACCGGAGGAAAUACCGCAAAUCGUCCUCCUGACUUUCGACGAUUCCGUGAACGAUUUGAAUAAGGGUCUCUACGCCGACCUGUUCGAGAAGGGACGGAAGAACCCCAACGGCUGUCCCAUCUCGGCUACCUUCUACGUGUCCCACGAGUGGACCGAUUACAGCCAGGUUCAAAAUCUAUAUGCCUCAGGCCACGAGAUUGCCUCCCACACGGUCUCGCACAGUUUCGGCGAACAAUUUUCGGCGCGAAAGUGGGCGCGAGAGGUUGCUGGGCAGCGUGAAAUUUUGGCUGCGUACGGAGGCGUCAAGCUGGAGGAUGUCAGAGGAAUGAGGGCGCCCUUCUUAUCGGUCGGGGGGAACAAUAUGUUCAAAAUGCUCUGGGACACAAAUUUCACGUACGACUCCUCCAUGCCCAUCUAUGAGAACCGACCGCCUAGUUGGCCGUACACGCUGGAUUACAAGCUCUUCCACGACUGCAUGAUACCGCCUUGUCCCACGAGAUCCUAUCCAGGAUUGUGGGAAGUUCCUAUGGUAAUGUGGCAAGAUCUCAAUGGAGGUAGAUGCUCCAUGGGAGACGCCUGCAGUAACCCACCGACUCCGGACGGCGUAUACAAGAUGCUCAUUAAGAACUUCGAGAGGCAUUAUACGACUAAUAGGGCUCCUUUCGGCCUGUUUUAUCAUGCCGCAUGGUUUACUCAGCCGCAUCAUAAAGAAGGCUUUAUAUCAUUCCUCGACACUAUCGUAGCGAUGGACGACGUAUGGAUAAUUACCAAUUGGCAGGCCUUACAAUGGAUCAGGAAUCCAACGCCUCUGGCGCUUCUGCACACGUUCGAACCCUUUGGUUGCCAUUAUCCGGAUCGACCCAAGAAAUGCAACAAUGCGAAGGUCUGCAAUCUUUGGCACAAGAGUGGGGUGAGAUACAUGAAGACCUGUCAAGCAUGCCCGGACAUUUAUCCUUGGACGGGCAAGACCGGUAUACGCAGUAGCCGCAUCGACAACGAAGUCGACGCCCACGAAUGAGUUACACGGAGGAAAUCUUUAAAACUUCGUUACGAUCGGGGAGAGAGUCCCGUCGAACGAGCAGCGGACCCGGACAACGCGAAUAUCUAAAAGACGCGAUUGAGAUGUUUAAACGGGGUCUUAAUCUUCCAGACGUGGGAGUCUCUUGGACGUGCGGGAGAAGUUCUCAAUUCUCCCAAACGUCCGAGGAACAUCCGAAUCUUUCGAACGCGCUCUAGACGCGCGCAUUUAAUUGUAUUUUAAACGUAUAUUUAGACGUAGUCAUCUUUUGGUCUUUCGCAUUGUUUGGGAAGCGUUGGUAGCGCGCGAGGGGAGAUACUCUUCUGCUCGGCUAGGUAACUUCAAGUAUUACACGCGCGUGUCCGAGCGGACACAAUCGGGCCGAGUACGCCGAUGCAAGUUUUUACGCUAAGCAGGAUCUCAUAAAGUUCCCGUUUCGCGCCGGAUCGGAAACACGCGCUCGUAGUAUCGUUGUACCGGACCUCUAAAGAACGAAUCGAGUUGUCGUCAACUGGCAUUUGUAGUAAUUCGGGAUUUGUUUGGAGAAAAAAAAUUUAGUACGUAUAAGUCUACAGAUUAUUUUAUCGGCUAAUCCUUUUUUCUAUAAAUGAUUGUAAUCUGGGGAGUUGAUAUUGAAAAUGAAAUGAUUAGAUUAUGAUACAUAAGAUGUCGAAUUAGGUAAAAUUUCUUUUCUCCACCUUUGUAGAAUUAAGCAAAAAAGAGGUCAGUCGAAAAAAAUCGAAACGUAUUUUUCUCUCGUUUUUAUUUUAUUUAUCUCUUUCUUUUAAGUUAGUUCUUUUUUUCUUUGUCGUCUUUCCUUUUAUUCUUUUUUUCUUUCUUCUUUUUUACGUCCUUAUAGAAUUCGCAAACAUCCUUGGCGUACUCGGCCAAAUUCGGCCAAAUAGAGCAAUUAAUUAAAUCGCAAUACGUAAUAAUUAAUCGUUGAGAUGUAAGUGUAAACGUCGGUCGUCGAAAACAUUCGUAUUUAAGCGUAAUUCGCGGGGUCGAGAUUCGUCAUGCGCGGAAGUCUUUGUGAAAAACAAAAAAGAAUCGAGAAAAUUUUACCUCGAUGAAAUAUUGUGCGCACGAGGGGAUCGUCAUGUUUAUUUUUUAAAAACGUAAAAAUGUAAUAUGCCUUUAAUAAAUAAAUAUUUCGCUAGAAUAUCUCUUUUCCGUUUUUAAUCAAUAUUUAAAUAGAUAAUCGUACAGAUAAUUGGAUUGUUAAAAAUUAAUAUGAUACGAUAAUACAUAAUAUGCUAGAUAGGAGAUUGUACCUUUUAUUUUAUUUAUUAUAAACGUGCAUCAGGCGUCGGUAAAGGAUAAAGAAUAGUGGACCAGAUAUCGAUGUUAAAGUUACGAAUAUACUGCCAAGCCACGAUAUCUGCUGACCCAACGUACUCCACCCAGUAUCGCGCCAUAUUAUUAUAUACCUUCUGCCUCCAUGUCUGCAAUAAAAAAUUUUAUCAGACCGAUUAAAACACUUAUUUAGCCACCAAUCAUUAUUUGUCCGCCAAUAUUGCUAUUAAAAGUUAAUUGAAAAAAAA